AUGAAGGCUGCGGAACCUAUAUGUGAUGUUUUUAGAAGGAGUAGGAAGAUCAAGUUGGCAGAGUUCAGGGCCAAAAUGGUAUUAUUGAUUGCUGCCGCCCUCUCUACUCUCGCUGCCAAUGCUAUUGCCCAAGCCCACGAUACAUCCACAAAUGCCGGAGGCCACUCUAGGUGGAAAGAGGAACAGAUGGCGGCCAUGAAAGAGUCGAAGCUAGCAUUGCUUGUCCGGAAUAGUAUAAACUGCUGGAAGCUGCAUUCGUUCUUCGAUUCUCGGAGUUCAUACUCAGAACAGUAUCCAGAAGAGGACCCAGAAGAAAGGACUCUAGUUCCAUGCAAUAAGCAUGCUUCCUCUUGA